AUGGCUUCUCCGAUCAGCGUUGGCGAUGCAUAUCUCAUGGGCAAAGUGGCCUUCCAACUUGGAAGAGCAUUCACCAAGGGGCGCAAGUCAGCGCCAGCAGAGUUUCGCGAAGUUGAGAAUCAGCUUUACUCCCUCAGCGCUGCCUUGCAAUCCUUCAAGACGGCAAGUCGAGACGAAUCAGUAGAUCUACGGUUCGAUGCGUCCUUGUUGCCGACAAGACCUCAGGCCGGCGACGAAGCUGGUGGCGAUGAUGAUGUCCUGAACCAAGUGCUUCGAAGCUGCGAGCAGACUCUGUCACACUUAGAGUCCAUCGUCCAGAAAUACGGAAGCAUUGGCAAGCCGAGAGUGCACGACACUGAGCAGCCCAGGUUCAAGAGAUGGAACGACGGGCUUAAGCAUGUCUGGAAGACGAUAUCGUGGACGACUGAAGGAGGAGACCUGGCCUCCCUGCGCAGCAACCUGACGGUCCAUACAAACUGCCUGAACCUCCUGUUGGGAGCUAUUGUCAACUCCCAGACCGGAAGAAUCGAGGCCCGAGUCAACGACAUCGACUCGAUGCUCUAUGAGAUCCACGCCUGGUUCAAGGAAAACUCGAAGAAUUCUCGCCUGAACGCUGAUAAUGCCUCGCAGAGAAAGGCCGGAGUGCCUUCGAGGGAGGAUUUUGAACUCCACGAAAGCAGCAAUGGGACACAGAGUCGGCUCGUCUGCCCACACGCCAUCAUAAAUCCAAACCUCUCACUCCAUGAAGAGCUGGCCUCGCGCCACGAGUUGUUUGCGUGUCAAUGUUCCCUAGAAUCUGGGGCCCAGUCUUCCCAUCAAACAGAAGUUGCUGCUUUUUCUGAUAUGGCAUGUAUUGAAGAAUCAAUGGAAAGACUUACACUUGGUCAGGCUAAACAAAUGCUUCUCCAAGGGCUCCAGACGCCUCUCUGCUGUUCUUCUUCUGGCUUGAUUGGGUCUCAACAAGCCUUAAUCCUAAACACAAUAGGGGACAUUCGGGAAUGCAAGGGUUUAGUAGAAUCAGUGAAAUUUUUUUCUAAAUCAUCCGGACAACGGACUUAUGAAAGACGCUCUGUCGACAGCAUUCAAAUACUCCAUUACAAGAGCACGGAUUUGAAAAACUUUCUUGGCAGUGAAGAUACCUUCCUAACUAUUUUAUCUUCUAACGACUACGCUGAGAUAGUGAUACGCUACUCUACAAGCCAGGGAGAUGCCGAUAUAGUGGAAACCAGAGUACGAUCCCUUUCCAUCUUCCGAGUACGAGUAGAUGAAAUGCAGACAGAACUAUUCGUCUUAACCCUUAGGUACCCACGAACUACGGAAAAAAAGCUUUUAGCAAUCCAAGCAUACGACGUCCACACGGAAACAGUUCAUAUAUCAGAUGCCGAAAUCUCGAUCCUCCAGGACACCGAAUCCAGCGGGUUUCGCCUAACUAUCAUUAGCAGAGACGGCCACACGAUCGUUAGCCAAGAGCUUGCGGAGGACUUCUUUGACUCUUCUCUUCCUCAUAAAUGCUUUAGAUUCAACUCCCCAACGUACAUUGCUCAAAUUGAUUCUUAUGGUCUGCGCACGAUAUCCAAAAUCAAUACGGGAUUCUCAAUGUUGGGCUUUUCGGAUGCCGCAGUUGAACGACUUUUCUCUCUUAGUCUUACUGGAGUGACUAAAACGACCCAACCUCGAAUUGAUUUGGGAGUUGUAGGAAGUGGCUGA